AUAUGCCCUCUACCCUCCAAAAAAAUCCCCAUUUAUCCCUUUAUUAUAAUAUAAUUUCUUUUUCAUUUUUUUUUAAAUAGAAAACGUGGCUAAAGACAGAUUGCCCUAAACUAAUUUAGUUAUUUACAAGAUCCAACCAGAAAGAUCCGACCCAUACAAUACAAACCCUAAAACCCGACCCAUCUAAACCAAAACGAUGUCGUUUUGUAUCACUCAACAUUCUCUUCUCCAAAAUUUUCAAUCAUCGGGUCUGUCUCUCCUCUUGCGACACUCUCUAUUGCAAAAUCGGAGAUUGAAACCCUAGAGUAUCUAUUUUCGUUCUUCUUUGUUUGUUUUCUAUCUAAAUCGAAAAUCCAUCUUCCUUCUUCCUUGUUGGUUCGUGUCUCAACUAUCUCUUUGUCUCUCUUGUCUGAAACCCUAAAGUCGAGACCGCUUUGUUUCUUCAUCCUCCUUUGUCGAAAUCGAGGCUCCAUCUUUGUUCCUUGUGGUAAGUGAUUAGUUUCCCUUUAUUUGGUUGUUAUUUGGUCGAAUUUGUAUGUAGAUUUGAAAACAAAUUUGGGGAAAACUUUGAAUGUGUCUUAUGUUUAGAUAUUGGUUUUGAAAUUGGAUAAGAACUUGGUAAAUCUAUUGUUUAGGUAUAUAUUACAUAGAAUCUAUUGUUUCCGAUUUGAGUUAUAAAUUGUAUUUAAUUUUUGUUAAUAAAAUUGUAUUGGGGAAACUUAGUUGAUGUUGUGUUGUUGUUUUGCGGUUUGAAUUUAGAGUGAUUGAGUGUUGUAAUGUCUUGUACAGGAAAAUUAUGAAGAAAAAUCAAAAGGUAGUCCCCAAUGAAAGUCGUCGUCAGUCUCUUAGAGUCAGGAAACCGGACUCGGCUGCAAAAAAAACCAGAACCGAGAGUUCAGAAGAGCAAGAAAAGCAGUAAGAAGAGUAAGAAGAGUAGGCCAGUGAGAGAGCCAGCGAGAGCACCGAGUGUAGAAUCGCUCUCAGUCUCAGAUGAGUCCGAAAGAGAGGGGUCCGAUAGUGAGGGGUCUGAAAGAGAGGAAAUGCAACCGAAUCAACCCCUUGAGUUCUACUUCAAAAGCAGCGAGUUCCCCCAGAGUUCGAAGAUACAAACUAAGUGCUUCGUGACCAGGACAGUAAAGCUCAUCAGGGAUAAGCCUGAGGCUGCGUGGUUCACAAGCCAUCCUCAGUUUCGACAUUUCUUCCACAUGCCAGACGAAGAUAACCUGAAGCUUCAGGGGAUGUGGAUGUUACUACUGCGCACCAUUUGUACUCCAGAAGAUGAUGUUGCAUGGUUUGCGGUUAAUGGUGUACCCAUCCGCUAUUCUAUGAGGGAGCAUGCCCUCAUCUCUGGGUUAGACUGCGGUGAUUAUCCACCAAACUAUGAGAAGUUGGGAGGUUAUAAGUUUGUGGAUUAUUACUUCCAUGACAGAAAGAAGAUCACCAUCACUGAUGUGAAGCAGAAGAUGUUGUCUAUGCCGCCGUGUCCAGAUAGAUUGAAGAUGACAGUCUUGUUUUUUCUUGGUCGGGUUAUCAGAGGAAAGCCGAAGGAUGCUGGAAAUUUAGACGACUUCAUAUUAAGGAUGAUGGACGAUUUAGAUGCUUGCAGAUCAUUUCCCUGGGGUCGUCUAACGUUUGAGGAUGCAAUAAAGGAGAUUAAGCACGUGAUGAACCAUCUGAAGGGUGAAGUGAAAGAGGCAUGCGCCUUUCCUGGUUUCAUCAUCCCUUUAGAGGUUCUGGCUUUUGAGUGUAUUCCGGAUCUGGGGAAGACGUUUAGAAUCUAUUCAGAGGACGCCAGUGAAGAAUGUCCAAGGAUGUGUAAGAGCCGGUUUACAAAGUCCAGUCUUAGGGGUUAUCCUUUGGAAGACAUAUAUGCUGCUGUUGGAGAAACAAAGGUUAUCAACAGUGUCUUAGUUCCAACUAUUGGUGAGCAAAUUAUGCUGGCUCGUAUCAUUGAUGAGGAGCGAGAGUAUGACCGUCAGGGCAGCCCAAGUGAUACUUGGAACUACUGGUUAAAUGUGAAGCAGAAGAAUAUUUGGUGGGAAGAGCUAUAUGAGUUGGAUCAAGCUGCACGAGGAGUGUUGCCAAAAAAGAAAGACAAAGAGAAGGUGACGUUUGCAGAAGGAUCAUCCUCUAAUUCUGGAUUAGAUUCGAGGUUGCAAGGUCUGGAAGAGAGGAUUUUGGAGUUCAUGGGAGAAAGAUUUGUUGGACUUCACGUCACGGUGGAGACAAUGUUAGAGGCUCAAAGCUCAAGGAUGAGUGUUCUUGAAAAGAACCAGCGGCUUUUGAGAAGAAGGGCUAAGAAAAUAGAAGACAGGCUAACUUCUAUUGAGAGUAAAGUGGAGCCGAGUCAUGGUGAAGACAUGGAUUUUCGACAGUGGGACAAUGAUACAUAUGAAGAGAAGGACAAAGCUUGUUCUGAGAAGGAGAAAGCUAAUGCUGAGCACGAGGCUGGAAAAGAAAAGGAUAACAUCGAGAAUACUGAGGAAGAGGGUGAGAAAGAGAAGGAAAAUAGUGAGGCUGAUGAGGAAGAAGACAAUGAGAGUGAAAGUGAAGAGUUGAAGCAAAUGAAGGAGAGAAGUAGAAGACAAGCUGCUAAAUUGUGGAAGGAAAUUGCGAAUGAGGAAAAGAUUGGAGGGAAACAUGAUGAAGAAGAAAGUGAAGAGAAAGAAGCUGAAACCAGUGAGGAAAAGGAUGAGAACAAUGAUGAGAAAGAUGAAGAAAAAGUGGUGGAAUCUGAGGCUGAAGGGAAGAUGAUCAAGGAGAAAGAAAAGGAGAAAAAUGAGACUGAGGAGGUGGAAUCUGAAGCACGGGAGACAGAGAUAGAAAAAGGAACUCCGACACCACCACGUGGGAAUCAGACAGAGAGAACUCCCAAAGAUGAUGACAAUGAGCCUCGGGUUGAGCCUCGGGUUGAGACGAACAGAACCGGUGAAACUCCAACACCACCACAUGGGAGUCAGUCAGAGGGAACUCCCAAAGUUGAUGACACUGAGCCUCGGGUUGAGACAAACAGAACCGGUGAAACUCCAACACCACCACGUGGGAGUCAGUCAGAGGGAACUCCAACACCGCCACGUGGUAGGACUAAGGCAAUGGCUGCGAGGAGACCAAUAAUUAGGCGUAUGGAGGAUGAACCUGGAAAAGGUGAGAAAGUUGUGGAAGAAGAGAAACAAAAGAAAGAGGCUGUGGAAACAGAGGAAAAAAGCAGGGAGAAAGUUGCGGAUGAAGAGAAAAAAAAGGAAGAGGUUGUGAAGGAACAUGCUGAGGAAGUUGUUGAGGAAUACAGUGAGGAAGAAAAGCAAAGGUGGAUCAUGGUCGUUUACAAGGAAGCACCGAGUCCUUGGAUCAUGCAUAGGUGCAAGGAGAAUGUCGUUGUUGCUGCACCUAAGAAGAGUGGCAGACCAAAGAGGAAAUCACAGUGGGUGCAGACUCCUUUCACGGAGGGGAAGAAGCGUAAAACAAAGCCUUAG